UGUGUUCAGUCUGCGAUCACUGUGUUUACUCUCCAUAGCUCUAAACUGUGGAUAGAGAUAAUCAUUUAGACACAAGGAAAACUCUUCCGGGAAUACAAAUGUAACACAUUUACCAAACACACACGGGUUUUACAGAACCGCCAGUUAGUGAAACGCGCAUCCCCAACGAAGGUUAAAUGAGUAGAGAUACCAUGUCACGUGUAGCAAAGAAAAGGCAGGCAGACCCCAAAGUGGUCCAGUAUAUAUGGGCAGCCAUUGAAGUCAUCCGGAAUCAGAAACAAAUUGCAAACAUGGACAGAAUAUCAAAGUACUUGACACGAGUGUUCGGCAUGCAUCCCAAAGAGACCAUGCGACAGCUGGGCCAGGCUGUGAAGGACGGGCUGGUUGUGGAGACGCUGACCGUGGGCUGCAAGGGCUCCAAGGCCGGAAUCGAGCAGGAAGGAUAUUGGUUGCCUGGAGACGAGAUUGAGCAGGGGACUGAAGGCAGUAAGGAGUGGGAGUCGGAAAGCCACGACUGGUACUGCUUUGAGUGCCACCUCCCGGGAGACGUGCUGGCCUGCGACACGUGCUUCCGGGUCUACCAUCUCAAAUGCAUGUCAGAAGAGUGGAAGCCGAGGGAGAGCAGCGCGCAUUGGCAUUGCACCGUCUGCAGGACUAGCAAAAAGAAGAGUUUCAGUAAACAUGAAAUGAGCAAAUACCUGCGGUUCAUUGUGCAGCGCAUGAAGGAGAGGGCAAUAGACUUGAAUAAGAAAGGGAAAGAUUGCAAGCACCUGAUGUACAAAAGGCUGAUUCACAUGCCGCUGGAUGUUUCAAACAUACAGGAGAAUGUCAAUGAAGGCAAAUAUAAAAGUUUUGAAGAGUUCAAAGCUGAUGCCAAGCUGAUCGUCCACAACACAGCAAUUCUGUAUGGAGUUCACAGUGACCAGGCUGAAAGAGCAAGGCUGCUCUACAGUGACACAUGCCAUGAGCUGAAUGAACUGCAGCUCUGCAAAAACUGUUUCUAUUUGUCAAAUGCACGACCUGAUAGCUGGUUUUGCUACCCAUGCAUGCCGAAUCACGAAUUAGUUUGGGCCAAAAUGAAGGGGUUUGGAUACUGGCCAGCAAAAGUGUUACAAAGAGAAGACAGUCAAGUGGAUGUACGAUUCUUCGGUCACCAGCAUCAGAGGGCCUGGAUUCCCGCAGACAACAUCCAGGAUAUCAAGGUGAAUGUGCAGCAGCUGCAGGUGAAGCGCAGCAUGGGCUGGAAGAAGGCCUGCGAUGAGCUGCAGCUGCACCAGCGCUUCCUGCGAGAGGGGAGGCUCUGGAAAACCAAGGUGGAGGACAGACACGAGGAAGAGGCAGAAUCCGGCAUCUCCUCCACCAGCAAUGAACAGCUUAAGGUUACCCAAGAGCCCAAAGCAAAGAAAGGGCGCCGCAGCCAACAUUUGGAACCCAAAGAAGAAGACCCAGAGCCUGAGAUUGAGGCAGUCAGUUCCAGUCAGGAGAUCCCCACAACACAUCACCAGCCUGAAAAGGUUUCCGUCUCGACUCAGACCAAAAAAACAAGUGCCUCCUCCCCAAGAACACUGCCCCGGAGCACCCAGACGAACAACGACGGCGUGUGCCAGAACAUGUGCCACGAGAAAUACACCAAAAUCUUCAACGACGUCAAAGAGAGGAUGAAAGCUGAUAACAAGCGAGAGACUGAGCGAGUGCUACGAGAAGCCUUGGAAAAGCUCCGCACAGAUAUGGAGGAGGAGAAACGGCAGGCCGUAAACAAGGCCAUGUCUAACAUGCAGGCAGAGAUGGACAGAAAGUGCAAGCAGGUCAAGGAGAAAUGCAAGGAGGAGCUGGUGGAAGAGAUCAAGAAAAUGGUCUCGCAGCACAAACAGCUGGUUUCUCACACCAAGAAGAAGCAGUGGUGCUAUAACUGUGAGGAGGAGGCCAUGUACCACUGCUGCUGGAACACGUCCUACUGCUCUAUCAAAUGCCAGCAGGAGCAUUGGCACACAGAGCACAAACGCACCUGCCGCAGGAAGAGAUGAAGCUGCUCUCCUUUGCGUCAUCCUGUCAGUGACUCGCAUUAUUUUUAUAAACACAAAAUUGGGUAGUUUUC